AUGCUCAAGCCUGGAGCCAUCCGUCAGGAGCGCUCAAGCCUGGAGCCAUCCGUCAGGAGCGCUCAAGCCUGGAGCCAUCCGUCAGGAGCGCUCAAGCCUGGAGCCAUCCGUCAGGAGCGCUCAAGCCUGGAGCCAUCCGUCAGGAGCGCUCGAGCCUGGAGCCAUCCGUCAGGAGCGCUCAAGCCUGGAGCCAUCCGUCAGGAGCGCUCAAGCCUGGAGCCAUCCGUCAGGAGCGCUCAAGCCUGGAGCCAUCCGUCACGAGCGCUCAAGCCUGGAGCCAUCCAUCAGGAGCGCUCGAGCCUGGAGCCAUCCGUCAGGAGCGCUCGAGCCUGGAGCCAUCCGUCAGGAGCGCUCAAGCCUGGAGCCAUCCGUCAGGAGCGCUCGAGCCUGGAGCCAUCCGUCAGGAGCGCUCAACCCUGGAGCCAUCCGUCAGGAGCACUCAAGCCUGGAGCCAUCCGUCAGGAGCGCUCAAGCCUGGAGCCAUUCGUCAGGAGCGCUCAAGCCUGGAGCCAUCCGUCAGGAGCGCUCAAGCCUGGAGCCAUCCGUCAGGAGCGCUCAAGCCUGGAGCCAUCCGUCAGGAGCGCUCAAGCCUGGAGCCAUCCGUCACGAGCGCUCAAGCCUGGAGCCAUCCGUCAGGAGCGCUCGAGCCUGGAGCCAUCCGUCAGGAGCGCUCGAGCCUGGAGCCAUCCGUCAGGAGCGCUCAAGCCUGGAGCCAUCCGUCAGGAGCGCUCGAGCCUGGAGCCAUCCGUCAGGAGCGCUCGAGCCUGGAGCCAUCCGUCAGGAGCACUCAAGCCUGGAGCCAUCCGUCAGGAGCGCUCAAGCCUGGAGCCAUCCGUCAGGAGCGCUCAAGCCUGGAGCCAUCCGUCAGGAGCGCUCAAGCCUGGAGCCAUCCGUCAGGAGCGCUCAAGCCUGGAGCCAUCCGUCAGGAGCGCUCAAGCCUGGAGCCAUCCGUCAGGAGCGCUCAAGCCUGGAGCCAUCCGUCAGGAGCGCUCGAGCCUGGAGCCAUCCGUCAGGAGCGCUCAAGCCUGGAGCCAUCCGUCAGGAGCGCUCAAGCCUGUAGUCGGUGCUCUCGGCGUGUAG